AUGUCAAACCUCUAACUUUAAAUGUAGACUUUUCGAUACAGAUUUAUUGAGUUUAUCUAUGAAGCAGCUAGUCACCUUUUCAAGCCAGUACUCUUUGAAUGCGAGCUACCUUACAAAGUAAUUCACCAGGACCUGACCAGUGGUGUUUAAUCUGCCCUUGAAAUUAAAGAAAAAUAAAUUAAAUUUGGCAAGUGCGAUAUUGAGAUCCCUAAUAAAACUAUUCCAGAAUUCCUUAUAACUGAGAUUCUCAACCCUUUUUACAUCUUCCAAGUAAGUUACAUCUUAGUCUUAUACUGUUAGAUCUAUAGUGCAGCUGUGUGGUAUGCUGAUGAAUAUAUCUACUUUGCAUCUUGCAUUAUUUUCAUCUCAAUCAUUACGAUCAUCGUCACCUUAGUUGAUUCUAAGAGAAAUCUCAAUGAUAUAUAGCGAAGAGCUCAUUAUGAGUGCAAGGUUAAUGUUAUUAGGGAUGGGAAUUUCCAGAAACCUAUUGAAAUUAUGAGUGGGGGUUUGGUGCCUGGAGACAUCAUUGAAAUCCCAGAAUAUUGUGUCAUCCCUUGCGAUGUUAUAUUGCUUAGUGGUACAGUCGUUAUGAAUGAAAGCAUGCUUACCGGUGAGUCUGUUCCUGCUAUUAAAAACCCUAUUCCAAUGACAAAUGAUGUUUAUAACUUUAUCAAUGACCAAAAGUACACUCUCUACAGUGGAACUCAAGUCAUUUAGACUCGUAAGAUUGGUGUAAAGCCAGUAUUAGGACUUGUGAUAAAAACCGGCUUCAUGACUACUAAAGGAGGACUUAUAAGAGAUAUCCUAUAUCCUAGACCAAACAGAUUUUCUUUCUACAGAGACUCGCUUCUCUACAUCUUAGUAUUCUUUUUCCUAGCUAUUAUAGGUUACUGCAGUGCUAUCAAGGCGCUUCAAGAUGAUGAGUACGAGCCGAAGGACUUUGUUUUAAACUUUUUGGAUUGUAUUACUGUCACAGUACCCCCCAUAUUGGCUACAGUCAUGACUGUUGGAACAGGCUUCUCAAUGAUGAGACUGAGAAGAUUAAAGAUAUACUGCAUCUCACCACCCAGAGUCAAUGUCUCAGGGAGAGUCAGCAUUAUGGUUUUGGACAAAACUGGGACAUUGACAGAGGAUGGACUAUAGGUGCUAGGAUUCAGGUCUUGUCACAUAUCCACUGAUAAUCAAAAAUAGAUUUUCACUAAAUUUCAUGACAAUUCAGAAUAUCUUAAACUAGAGCAUAAGUAAUGGCAAAAUUCUGUAGAAUAUGAGAAGAUCUAGAAUGAUUUGCAAGUCAAGUAUCUCGAGACUAUGGCUUUAUGUCACUAGAUUACUUAUGUGAAAAACGAAUUGAUUGGAGACCCAAUGGAUGUGAGAAUGUUCGAGGCAAUUAACUUUGAAUUGGAUGAAAACGUAUCUGGUGAGAGAAAUGUCCUUGCCUUUGUAAAGCCAGUGACUAGCAGUGGCAAUGCUGUGAUUGCUAAGAAAAAAGAUGAAGUAGCCAAGGUAGUACCUGGAGAUAAAUUUUAAGAGAAGUAAAGGUACCUCAGUCUGACCAGAAGAUUCGAAUUCGAGAGUAAGCUUCAGAGAAUGAGUGUACUCGCUAGGAAUCAUCUCAACAACCAGAAUUAUCUAUUUCUCAAGGGUUCACCAGAGAAGGUGAAGGAACUGUCAAGGAGAGACAGCAUUCCCAGCAACUAUGACAGCAUUCUGGAAGACUAUACCUAAAGAGGCUACAGAGUUAUAGCUCUAGCCUAUAGACAAGUCAAUAUACCGACAGAUGAUUUGCUUACUAUUACUAGAGACAAAGUCGAGGAUAAUUUAACAUUUGUCGGAUUUUUGAUCAUGUAAAACAAGUUAAAAGCAGCAACUAUUCCAACUUUGAAUAUAUUAAACAAAUCCAAAGUCAGAUGCAUCAUGGCUACUGGAGAUAACAUGCUCACUGCUCUUUCAGUCGGCCGGAAAUGUUAACUUCUCACUGAAGAAGAGACUGUCUUCUUAGGUGACAUAGUUGAACAAGAUGGGAUUACUGGUCUGUUCUGGAAAGUAUCAGCUGAGUCAGAAGGAGAGGUAAAGGACAAUUAGAUGGACCAGGAUAGAACUGAGCUAGACAUUAACAACUAGGUCUAGCCCUGGGAGAAUAUGGAUGUGACUAAAUUCUCAAUCGCAGUGACUGCCAAAGCCUUCAACUAUCUCAGAAAUGAACCGAAUCUCAGAUCGAUAUACCUUCAAGUAAUCUACAGUGGCAAGAUCUUUGCCAGAAUGACACCCGACGACAAGGCCUAGCUAGUCACUGAGUUGUAGAACUUCUGUAGAACUGAGGUAGGCAUGUGCGGAGAUGGGGCUAAUGAUUGUGCUGCUCUCAAGACAGCUGAUAGUGGUAUCUCCCUCUCCAGUUCAGAUGCCUCAAUUGCUGCUCCUUUCUCAAGUUAAAUUCAAGAUAUUUCUAGCGUUGUUGAAUUACUAAAAGAAGGCAGAUCAGCUUUGGUAACCUCCUUCUAAAUCUUUAAGUUUGUUGGUCUCUAUGCCAUGAUUCAAUACAUGAAUGUGAUUUUGCUCUAUCACUCAGGUUCAGAUCUUGGAGAUUUCCAAUUCCUCUGGCAAGAUCUUUUUAUAGCCCUCCCUCUUUGCUACUUUAUGGGAUUAACAGAACCAUGGCCUGAACUUAAUGAUAAUCUGCCAGAAUAUUAGCUGUUGAAGUAUCCAACUAUAAUCUCAGUAGUAGCUGCUACUCUUAUAUAACUUGGCUUUGAAAUUGGAUUAUUUGUUCAUACCAGAGAUGAUCCUUUUAAUCCUAGACCAAUAGUAGAGGACGAGGAAGAAUCCGUUACCUGUGACACAAAUACAGUCAUCUUCCAAUUAGCUAGUUUCUAGUUGCUAAUAACUGCAGUAGCUUUUAGUGUGAUUACUUUCUUUUCAUUCUACUUCAUAUUGAUCAAUGAUUAAUGGGUCAAUGAUAUCUUCGAAUUAUUUGUGAUUCCAGAGUCGUUCAGAUACAAAAUGCUUAUGAUAAUAUUUGGAGAUGCCAUAGCCACCUAUAUGUUUGAGAACUUCGUGGUUAGAUAUCUCUAGAGAUUUGAAUAGAAAAGACAAGAAAGAAUCAAGAAUGAACAGAUGCUUGAAGAUAUUUCAUAGGCUACUAGAUUACUAGAAAACUUUAAGGAACCUAUAAUGCAUCCUGAUAAGGCUUUGGUAUCUAAGGAUUACGAUAAAGAAAAUGUAAGUGAUGAAGAUGAAAAGCCACCAGUUCUGGAUGUGAGUGUAAACAACAAACCAUCAAUAUCAAAAGCUCAGCACCUCUAAUCUCCCACAAAGAAUUAGACAUGA